UAUAGGGGUUUUUUAAUUCUUUAUAGGUUCGCCGACGAUUCCCUUGCCGCCUGCCUUCUCUACGCCUCUUACGAUCUCCGACGAAGUUCCGGCGGCGGAAAUUCUUUUCAGAUGGAAGACUGCUGCGCGGUGUGUGCCGAAUCCCUCGAGUGGGUCGCCUAUGGAUCUUGCGGUCAUCGGGAUGUAUGUUCAACUUGUGUUGUCCGCCUCCGCUUCGUUCUCAGCGAUCGCCGCUGCUGCAUAUGCAAGACUGAAUGCCCCACUGUCUUCAUAACUAGGGCUUUGGGGAAUUUUACUGAGACAAAAGUAAAUUUUUCGGAGUUCCCACCUGGUGUUACAGAAGGCCAGCAUGGGAAAUACUGGUACCAUGAGGAUUCACAGGCAUUCUUUGAUGAUGCCGACCAUUACAAAAUGAUAAGCGCAAUGUGCAGGCUUUCAUGUAGUAUCUGUGAAAAGAACGCUGAGGCAGCAAGGAGAGGCACCAGUAACAAAAAGCUUAAAUUUAAGGACAUAGAGCAGUUGAAGAACCAUCUCUACCAUCAACAUAAAAUGUUCAUGUGCAAUUUAUGUAUGGAAGGAAGGAAGAUAUUUAUCUCUGAGCAGAAGCUUUACUCUAGAUCACAGCUGAGGCAGCACAUAAGCACUGGUGGUUCAGAGGUGGAUGGUAGCGAGAGUGAACGUGGGGGAUUUACAGGGCAUCCCAUGUGUGAAUUCUGCAAAAACCCAUUUUAUGGGGAUACCGAACUUUAUAUGCACAUGUCUAGAGAACAUUUCACCUGCCACAUCUGCCAGAGGCAACACCCUGGCCAGUAUGAUUAUUAUAGAAACUAUGAGGACCUAGAGACUCAUUUCCGACAAGAUCAUUUUUUAUGUGAAAGUGAAACCUGCUUGGCAAAGAAAUUUGUUGUCUUUCAAACUGAUGCUGAAAUGAAGAGGCACAAUGCCAUUCAGCAUGGGGGUCACAUGUCACGUGCCAAGAGGAAUGCUGCCCUUCAGAUACCUAUUAGUUUCAGAUAUCGACGGAACGAGCAGGACCAACGACGAGGAAGAAGACGUGAUCUUCAUCUUGAAUCAUCUAAUAACCAACUAAACAUGGCAAUCCAAGCUAGUUUGGAGACUGCAAUCUCAGAGGGUAGACUGAAUGCUGAACAUGGGGAAGCAAGUCAAGCUGAUGAAAUCACAAGUUCAAUGGAACAAUUAGUUCUUACUUCACAUUUUGAACCAAUCUCUUCAGUAUCUAUUCCGGCCAACAGACAUAGCUCUGGAAAUGAAUCCAUUCUUCAGGAAAUAUCCUUUCCUCCUCUCUCUGAUUUCGAACCACCACUGCCUUCUUCCAGGUAUGCACAGGUUCUUAAUCGAAGAAGUGGAGCGAGUUUGGGAGAAGAAUCAUUCCCUCCUCUAAAUGGAGUUAAAGUAAGCAGUAAACCAAAGCCCAAACUGGUUUCAGACAGUAUUGUAUCAGAUACAAUCGCAGCUCGUAUUAAUCCUCGUAACAAGGGUUCUGUUAAAAUUCUUCACUCUGCUAAACUGAGACCGGUUGAAAACUAUGAAGCUGGUUCCUCUGCUUCAAGUUCUUCCCACAUGAGACCCACACAAAUCUCUCAACCAGCACCUUCAUCUUCUUCCUAUGCUAGGCCUUGGGGUGUGUCGAGUCAGGUGGCUCCAUCUUCCAGUUCUGUCCCUCAGGUAGGAGAAAAUGGGUUUGCAGCUGCUAUUUCUACAAACUCUGCAUGGGCACUUAAGAACAUGAAAAUGAAGCAUUCAGCAUCGGCUCCUAAUCUCCACAACAGCGACUCUUCUGAGAGUUCUACACCCCAAAUUGUAUCUUCUGUCACUUUAAAUAAAGAAUUCAUUCUCAAUUACAGAAUCACAGAAUCACCGUCACAUGUGGAUGUUUACAGAGCGAACAAAUCUUUGGUAGAAAAUAUCCGCGCAGGUUUAGGAAUGGAUGAGAAUAAAUAUGCAGCAUUCCGAAGCAUUUCUGCUGAAUAUCGUCAAAGUCUUAUAAAUUCGUGGGAAUAUCUCUCUUAUGUUGAGCAAUUUGGUCUUUCACAUCUUGUUCUUGAACUAGCUCAGCUCUGCCCUGAUCCCCAGAAACAGAAGGAACUUAUUGAUGCUUAUAAUGCUAACCUGUUUGCUAAGAAUCAAAGAGAAAGCAGCAGUAAUGCUGCUAUUUCAAAAAAAGAUGGGAAGAUAAGGAAGGGGAAGACAGAAGCUAUUAAUCACACAGAAAAUUCUUCUGCAAAAGAUGCAUUGGCUGAUAGUAUUUCAGAACAAGUUAGAAAGCUGCAGACAAGUCGCUAUCCUCCAAAAGAUGAGGAUGAAGUGGAGAUUUUGACCAAGGAUGGGUAUCGAACAAACAUGGUUAAAAUUCCAUCAGCCAUAGAAGGGAGCAGCACGAGCUAUAUGAAUUCAAAUGUGGUUGAUUUAAGUAGUGAGAGAGAAACUAUUAGUAACCAUGGUUUGGGAAGUGAGCGGCAUAAGAAAAACAAAAAGACAUCAAAGUUUAAUAGAGUUCGCCUGGGUGAUGGUUCGGCUGCAGCUUAUCUUGACCUAUGUAGUCAACAAACUAGUCCUGAAAAUACUGCAGGAGAAGAAAGAAACAAGCGAGCUGAUGUGUUACCUGCUCAAGGUGUUUGGGGUAAAGGGGGUGGAAAAAAACUUUUCACUCAGACAGGCACCUCAAAAUGAAACUAUUCUUGCAGUUUUAUUCUUUCUUAAGUUACAUUUGUGUAUCUAUUAACUUAUUUUGAGCAGGGUUCUAAGCAGAGAAAGCUGGUAAAGCUUGGAAAGUUUUGAAUAUCUGAGUUUUCCUUGCAGUACUACCAAAAUAUAGGUAAAUCAUAUAUCAUACUUGUAUAUUGUUUCGACAAAAUUUGUUUUUAGGUUUUUCUUUAUGUUUGCUAAAUAUUAUUAGAACAUGCUGAGGGCAUUUUCUAGUGCACCAUUAUUGUGGAGAAAUUCAUUUUGUUAUUAGAUUCUCUUUUUUCUUAACUCAUGGGCACGCGUGUGUAAUUUGACUCUGAACUGAAGACCUUGUGAUUAGGUACAAAAUACGCAACCAUUAGGCCAAGUUGUUGCACAUUAUUUAUUUUUUUAAUUUUAAUACAUUGCCUUUUCCCUCUU